AUGUCUUAUCCGCCUCUGCCGGCGUCGCCUACGCUGACGAACCCAGAUAUGAUAUUACCAGAUUACGAAGAUACCUACUCUUCCCCAGAUAGAUCACAGUCGCCUUUGACUAUGUGGAAGAAUACACAAAUUGCCAGUAUGAGCUUUGAUCUUACUCCUCAAGCCUUCACAGGGCCCGUCACCCCUACUACCCCCAUCAUAUACGGAAACGGGACGAUGCUUUCGGAUAUUGGUGAGGUUACAGAGGUUGAGAGUACCUGUCCUCCGAAUAAGACACGAUCCGGGUCUACGCGUAGUGGCGAUUCGAUACAACCGGCAUCCAUGAUGCAUUACGAGACGCUGAAGAAGAAGGAUUCGAAACUUUCUCGCGAUAGGCGAGCAUCAAUGGACUCGACAAGUACCAUUACCACCCACGAGCAAGCUGCAUUAUUUGCCGACUUUGACGAUACUGUCAGUGUCGAUGACAGCAACUUUCAAGGUGAUGACGAAGAAAGUGUUGCCGAUUCGUUCAUCGACGAUGCAUCUGUUCAGGGACAUGUCUUACCAAGUAGUGAGGUCCGGGCUAGAAUUGGAGAAGAGCGCUACUCAACUGCGCUGAGUCGAAGAGCGGAGCAGAUUUUAGCAAAUGCCAAACGACGAUUGACGACCAUGGAAGGAAAUUUGAACCGGGCACGAACCCUGCACUCCCCUACCCUAUCUACUGAUUCAGGUUCAACAGCUUCACCCACCAUGUCUCGGCCUACAACUGCACUCCACCGCGAUCACGAUUCCACUCGCCGCAAGAGUGGGCAUGGCCACACGAGAAUAUCUAGCGAGAACAAUAUUCCUACCCUUCCGCUUGAUGUGAUUAAGCCAGGUGUAUAUGUGCCGAGAUCUUCGAGUGCCUUGGGUGCAGCAGGUGGAUAUCGGCCACCUCUCCACAGCCCUCGUAGCGCGGAUUACAUCAAUGAGGGUGCUAAAACAUCUUUCUAUGCUAAGGAGUCUAUCCUCGAACCAUUAAGCGAGGAUGAUGCCUCGCAAGAGGUGGAUUCGUCAAGACCGAGUUUGGAGAAUUCGAGAUUGGAUACAUUUCUAAGUCCGACUUUUGGGUCUUACACUGACAAGGGGCUAAGAAGAUCUGCGUCAACAGCACAAAUGCGAGAUCUAAAAGACCAGAUGAAAGAUCUCAAAGGAAGACUGUCCACGCUAAGGGACCAAGCCCGAGCGGAUAGCUUAAAGCGUCAAAGUAACCAAAACCUGCGAACACCUAGUCCUUUCACGCACGCUCGGGUUGACCAGUGGUAUGCUGACACGGCACAAUAUGAGGACGACAGUCCUAUUCAUAGCGGUUAUCAGUCGCAGCAAUCGAAUGAUGAUGUUUCAAGUAUCGAUGUUAACGAGGGGCGUUUGGCGGCGAAACGUGUGAUACUUGAAACUGAUGAGCAGGUCCCGAAGGAUAUCUCCACGGAGGAAAUCGUUCCAGUGCAGUCAAAGGGCAUUGAAAGUAGUUCUCAUUCACCUGAAAAUGACGACCCAUCAAUAAUUAACCAAGUAGAGGAUGACUUUGAUAUGAAAACAGAGGAUGGUUACGAUGACAGUGAUGGGACAGAGAAAGGCGAGGAGCAGCAGGAACAAGUGGAGCUAGAAGAGAACCACGAACAGGACCUGGUAGAUGAUAGUGCAAGCGAGAGUGGCGCGUCUUCGUAUUACGAUUCCGUCCAAAACCAGGUUUCUCAUGAGGAUCGCGAGGAUGCUUUCGACUAUGAGCAUUUCUUCCUGCACAGCGCAAUGGGUAGUAUGAGCCGAAGUAGGUUGAGAAGCAAGGGCAGCCGCGAGAGUUUUAGCUCCGAAGACUCGGUAGAGACGACCCGAGGACCAGUUGCAUCCACCAACAUGACAUCUUCCAGUAAGAUAGGAAGGCAUUCUCGCAGAGGCAGUACCGGCUCGAUCUCAUCCGUAGACUCGUUUGCAACAGCUACAGAGGGUCGGAGUACGAGGACAGAACAUUUUGUGGAGGUCUACAGUGAGUACGGCGUCAUAGUACCCAAACGUGCCCGAACGCAUACGCCAGAUACGGCAAAACGAGCUGGCUUUUCCACCGAGACGAGCGAUUCUAGUUCCGAUAAGAGUCGAUUUAGACACUCCGAUAUCCGACGACCGCAGAGUAGCGCGGCAGCAUUCAUGCAUCGUCCUUCGGUAUCGUCGUUAGACUCGAAUAAGACACAUAGGAGCUUCCCUUUGGUGAAUAAGCCGAAUGUUAAAGGUGGCAUGUUAACGCCACGAGAAUCACCGGACCGGGAGUUGGAGCAAAUCUCGGAAGUUAUUCUGAACGAGAGUGCCUCCAGCAGCCAGAGCGGAGAUAGUAGAGCAACUCCGAUUGAGAUGCUACAAAAAGACGAUCGAAUACUUGUUGAACGUCUGGUUGCCAGCCUUGGCCGAUGUGUUCUCGGUUUGGCCGAAUCCGGCCGCGGUACAGCUGAGUAUCGGGCGUACCGGAGGAAAAUAGAGGUGGCGAGACGAGCUUUGGAGGGUUUGGACGGAUCCGCGUAA